AUGUGGUCGUUGGAAAAUGUCAUAGGAUCAAAGACCCAGGAUUACGAAUUGGAAAAGUCAAAAUUUGAACUUGAAAGGAGCCUGCAUGAAACUUUCAAAAUGUUGAUUAUUGAAGAAUUGGAAAUGGAGAAAAAAGAGAAAAUAAAUUCUCAAAAAAGUAACUUUGAAGCUCUGAAGACUGAAGCAUGCCGUAAUACUAUUUCACUGCUGAAACUUCGUGACGACUACGUUCACAUCCUACAUUUGAACAAUUCAAUUGAGUACUUAAAAGAAUUGCAUUUAGAGGCGAUCCAAAUUUUUAAUCGAUCUAUCCAAUACUUGGGAUCAAAAAGAAAGGAAAGUAAUCUAACCGUUUUAAGAAGUUACCUUGAAGAAUUGGAACUAUUGAUGAGAACAAUAAAAUGGCAAGUCCAAGAAAUCGAGAGAAACGGUAAAAAUGUGAGAAGUUUCCAUGGAGUUGGAAAAUUGCAGAGAAGCUCUGAUUAUGUAGAGAAAUGGAUUUGUGUAUUUCUGUUGCAGAUUAAAAGAAACCGCAUAACCUGGAACUUUGAAAAAGUGGACAAGUUUACAGAGGAAAUGAAAGUUUUCUGCAGAAAUAUUUAUCAAGUGCAAUUUGUCACAUUGAACUACAAAAGAGUACGUGAACAGUUCAUAGGAAGACAAGAGAUAACAAGAUUAUAA